AUGGAAAAUGUGGUUGGGAACAAAAAGCAGAAGAGAGGGGUUGACAAGGAGACUGAGGAAGGGGAAGAGAAGAAAAAGUGUGAUGAAUGCCGUUCUCUUAAUAAUGGUCGUUGUCUAAAAUGUCCCGUGGAGUCGGUAUCAGUCGGAAGGAGAGACGAUCACAUGAAUUACGCGACUCUUGAAUCGAAGGAUAUUGAGAAGAGGUACGCGUGUGAAGAGUGCAGCUUCACUUUCAAAAGGUGGAGUUUAUUGCAGGCUCACAAGAGGAAGCAUAACGAUGGUCCACCUUUUUCUUGCUGCGAUUGUGGACGGGAGUUUGAGAGCAAGGAUGAGUGGGUAGAUCACAGGGAGGCAGGAUGCAGUUCGGCCAACAUCCAUUCAUUCCCAUGCACCAAUCACGACGUUUUGCUCAAUGGAAAACGACAGGGAUCCCGCAGGGGAAAGAGUUUCAAGUGUGGCCAUUGUGCCAAAUCUUUCAAGACUUUGGGCUCGAAGAACGAUCAUGAACGUAAUGUACAUAAUCCUGUGCGUUGUUACAGCUGCAGUGAGUGCGGAAAAUCGUUUUAUAAAAAGUACAACCUCAGCAUUCACAAGGAAACACACAGUGAUGAUCGAUCUCACGUGUGCAAAAUGUGUGGCAAGAAAUUCAAAACUACUCAGGGGGUAAGAAUGCACAUGGAAAGUCACUCCAACGAAAGGCCUUUUAUGUGCGAAAUCUGUGGUAAAGUUUUCAAGACUCGGGCCGUCCUGGAGAGCCAUACAGCCAUCCACACUGGUGAGACAAAGUACAGCUGUAGUGUCUGUGGGAAGGCCUACCGCUAUCGUGCAUCGCUGUUCAUUCACAUGCGCACACAUUCAGGAUAUAGACCCUACAGUUGCACCGAAUGUGAUGCAUCCUUCAUGGUGAAGAGUCAUCUUACAGAACACAUGAGGAGCCACACUGGGGAACAUCCCUUUGUGUGCAAAUUUUGUUCUGCAUCUUUUACGAGGGCUAUUAGCCUCAAGAAGCAUCUAAAAUCACAUGUAAAGGCAGGGUUCAAUGUGAAUAUAGAUGCUGCAAUGUACCACGCAAAAGUGCAGGCAUUUGUAAAGCCACGAAAGCCAUAUGCAUCCCUCACUGAGCCAAAUGCCUCUCCUACAAUACCCAAGCUGACUCACAUCAUCCAAGAUAAUGUAUUAUUGAAUGCUAGAGAGAGAAUUGAGCUUUUUGUGGACCAGCCAUCAAAUGAGAAAGAGCUGACUGUUAUUAAAGUUUCAUGCUUAGACGAGACAGGAUUAUGUGCCUUUGAUAUUGUACAGACUUCUUCAGAUUACGAUCCGUUAUGUAAAUCAGGUGACAGUGAUUUAAUUGAUCAGCAAACCAGUCACACCAGGAAAGAGAAAACACUGUAUAUGAAAAAGAUCCAAGUCAUUUCUAGUUCUGUGGAGAGCAGAAUGGGUAAGGAAGUCAGAACAAUAACAUCACCAACUGCUUCAAAUGCCCAGAAUACUGUCAGUGGGGAAGGAAUUGUAGACUCUGCCCUUCCUUCUUACUUGACGCAAGAGGGUAGUGUCCAAAGUAGAAAGCUAGAAGAUGAGACAGAUUGGUUAGAUUCUCAGGAUGUCAUUGUGGAUGCAGUACUUGAACUGAGUGUCAAUAACAGUGAUAAAGAAAGUAAUUAUCAUUAUAACCUAACAGAGACAGAACAUGAGAAAGUAAUUGUGACAGAAGUAAUUGCUUGUGAAAACUCAAAAAUUUCGACCCAGAUAGGACAAUCUAGUAAUUAUGAAAGGAAAGUGGAUGCUGCUGUAAAUGGUACUGUUAUUAGUAAAUCAGGCCCCAUAGAUGAAUCAUUUGAGAGUUUGGAACAUCAAGAAGUAUUAUUACAAAAAUGCUCUUACUGUGACAAAGUUUACAUGUGUAAAGUGUUUGCCGAGGGCGAUGAAGUCUGUCAGGACUGUAAACAUUUAAAGGUAAUAGAGAAUAGCAAAUCUACAGCCCAUUUACAAAGUUGUGAUAUUCCAGACAAUAGAAGACUCUUUAGAAAUAAAUUAGUAAGCAGAGAUAGUGAUCCAUAUCAUUGUCACAUAUGUAGGGCCUCAUUCACCUUCAGAAGUGACCUGAGGAAGCAU